UACCAAUGUAAAAAAAGUCUUACGAAGGCAGUUCCCUCUAAGGCCAGCUGCUGCAAAAACAAUUCAUCGUUGUCAGGGAGACACUCUUGAUGAAGCAGUUGUUGAUUUCCCAAAUUCAACCAGAGAGCACAUGCACUAUGUUGGUCUUAGUAGAGUUAGAAACAUUGACAAGUUGCACAUUUUAAAUUUAAAUGAGAACAAAAUCAGAGUUAAUCCUAAAGUUAAAGAAGAAAUGGCCAGACUGAGAUCUAAAUGUAAAUUAGUUCCAUGUGUUCCAGAUCUCACAGCAGUUUCCUACACAAAAACGUUAAAAAUACUAUUUCACAAUGUCAGAUCACUUCAUCUUCACAUCUCGGACAUUUCAAACGAUUUUGAUGUUCAAGCAACAGAUAUAAGUAUCUUUGUUGAAACAGCUUUGUGUGCACGAGACACAGAUGAAGAGUAUAAAAUUGAUGGAUUUGAUCUUUUCAGAAAUGAUCAUAUUCAUUUGGAAAAUAAUAUUCGAACGACAUAUGGGACAAUUACGUACCUUAAAUCGACACUUGCUUACCUUGUACCACCUUUUAGUUACAACUACAAUAACAUGGAAAUUUCUGUGACAGUUGUGAAUGAGCCUGUUCCCAAUCUGCAUAUUGUUGGCAUUUACCGUUCAAGGUCGAAAGUCAAGCUUCACAAACUCAUAGAGGCAUUAGACUAUCUUCACAUGACAUUACUGGUUAACAAGCCAACCAUUCUCCUGGGAGAUUUUAAUAUUGACUUAUUGAAACCCUCUAGUGAGCGAAAAGCUUUAAUGCAAAACAUGAUUGAGUGUAGGGGAUACUCCCAAUUGAUCUCACAAUUUACCACAGACAAUAGAACUUGCAUAGAUCAUAUUUAUACUAAUAUCCCACAUGUUGUUCAUUCAUCUGGCACAUUGGAGUCAUACUUUAGUGACCAUAAACCAAUUUUUGUUUGUCUUCAAUUGAUCCACUAGAGUUUAUGAACAGCAAUACUGUAAGAUGUUCACACAGCUUCAAAUUUCGAGACCAUUGGCAUCCUGGUCCAUUUUUAACAUGUUUCACAACUGAUACGGUUUUUUUUAUGGAUUUAGACAAUGGAAAACCCAUGGUCAUCCAGUAUUCCCUCAAAUAAGAACGCUGCUGGUAAGUGCAACACUGUUAACAGUCGUAUAGCCACAUAUUAAACUAAUAACAGAUGGAGUAUAAUCAAUGAUACUAACUUUUCUAAUAAGUUUUAAAGUUCUAAAAGUCAAAGUGCAAUUUUUGUUGGUCCUGUUCCUGUAUAUUAACAAAAACAACUACAUAAAAAAUGUAUACCACAUUAAAAUCAACUUUAUUAACCAUGUUCACGAUAUAGUAACCUCGAAGCAAAGCAAAACUGAUAAGAAGCGAAAUAAACCUCGAGGCAAACCUAAACCAGCUGCGGCCGUAGCACCUAAAGUUGCAUCUACACCAGAUACAGCCCUCACAACUGAAGUUGCGUCUACCAAAGGAGCCCCCGUUGCACCUGAAGUUGCAUCUACACUAGAUCUGGCCCUCACAACUGAAGUUGCCUUUGCCCAAGAAGGAGCCAUAACACUUGAAGUUACAUCUAAGCCAGAUGCAGCCCUCGCAACUGAAGUUGCGUUUACCCAAGAAGGAGCUGUUACAGCUGAAGUUGCAUCUACGCCAGAUGCAGCCCUCACAACUGAAGUUGCUAUGGAAGAAGGUAAGUAUUAUAAACAUAAAUUAUCAUUUAUGUACUGUGGCUACAAAACAUGUAGUUUUUCUGUACCUACGACAAAAGCUCUAACUACCUGUACUACAGAUUUAAACUCGUACACUUUAUUAAGAGUAUUGACUUAUUCUCUUUUUCUUGUAUUGAAGGUCCGAGCAAUUUUGUAUCAGAUGAAGCUGCUGUGAAUGAAAUUAUCUUUCACGAAAGUAAGUACAUGUACAUCUAAAAAAAGCAGUAAUUUUAUUACCUUUAGUUAUAGUUAACUAACUACUUAUACAUUGCGGUUUAAUUACAUUAUAUUUGAAACACUUGUAUUCAAACCAAGUUUAUUAUUAACCAUAGUUUAUUACUUUAAAGGUCAGAGCAAUUUAAUACGUAGAGGUAGAGCUGUCGAUAAUAAAGCUGCUACGACAAAAGCUCUGACUACCUGUACUACAGAUUUAAACUCAUACACUUUAUUAAGAUCUAGAGUACUGACUUCUUCUCUUUUUCUUGCAUUGAAGGUCCGAGCAAUUUUAUAUCAGAUGAAGCUGCUGUGAAUGAAAUUAUCCUUCACGAAAGUAAGUACAUGUACAUCCAAAAAACCCAGUAAUUUUAUUAUUUUUAGUCAUAGUUAACUAACUACUUAUAUAUUGCAGUUUAAUUACAUUAUAUGUGAAACACUUGUAUUCAAACCUAGUUAAUUAUUAACCAUAGUUUAUUACUUUAAAGGUCAGAGCAAUUUAACACGUACAGGUAGAGCUGUCGAGAAUAAAGCUGCCUUAAACGAAAGUAAGUAAAUGUGUAUAACUCUUAACUUAAAUGCAUGCUCUUCAUAUUGUAAAUUCAAAAAGUCAAAACCAACGUAUCAGGUGUAGAAAAUGUAUCGGACCAUGGGGCCAUUGGUCCCAGAAAAUUCUCUAUGUUCCCAGAAAAAAUAUUUUAAGUCGCAGCAGGACUUUGUUAUUUACAAAUUGAUACUACCAUUGUACAGUCGAAGAAAAAUAUUUUUCCACCCCUGCAACGUAUUUACAACCAGGAUUGAUAUAUCAGCAUAUCCUGGACGUAUAAAAAUGUGCUGCAUACUGUCUGAUGUGCAAAUUCAGAGCUAAGACACAAAGGUUUGUUAACUUUGACUUUUGUUUUAUUCGUAGACAUGCCUGUUAUUGGCUACAUCCAUCAACUGUCGCCUGUAAAGCAAAGUCAAAACAAUAACGCAUAUUUUCACAUGAAAAUGCAGACAGAAGAUCGCACAGUGAGAACUGUUUGUUUCUCCCCAGAGAAACAUGAGACGUUUAAGAGAAACUUCGAAGCCUCGUCGCCAGUAAAACUAAGUCAAUUUCAACUUAAAUCUAACCGUCGAACAAAUGAAGAAGAAAUCAUCGUAAACAAGCGAACGAAGCUUGAUAAUCCAUCUGAGUUUGAAAUAACUUUUGACAUUGCGGCAAAAUAAUUUGAUUAUACCACAACGACGACCGCUGUGAGGGAAGUAAAUGAAGUUAGGCCCAGAAGAGCGAUCACUGUUCUUGGUCGACUAACCUUCCAGGGUGGAACGGAAUACGUAAACGUCAGAGGCAAAAAUUUGAAGAAACAAGAAACCAUACUAACUGACGAAACUGGCUCAAUACGUUUAGUUCUCUGGGAAAAUGAUAUCCAGAAAGUUCAGUCAGGGGAGACAUACAUGUUGACAAGAUCAGUUGUGCGCGAAUUCGACAACCAACCUUACAUUACCAUAAACAAGGAAACCCAGAUUUCUAAAGUUAGCCAAACUAUUGCAAAUCCUGAUGAUGAUCUCGCCAAUACCUAUAAAGAAUUCACCAUUUCUUCCCCUCCAGAAGGGAUUUUGGCAACACACAGAACCCUAUCCUGCAAGAAAUGUGCCAACUCAAUGGUUCAGCAUACUGCCGGGAAGACAAUAAAAUGCACUGCAUGUGGCCUUAUCCAGUUAUUGCGUUCCUGCCAAAAAAAGGUGCAUGCCAACGUCUUCUUUAUCAAUGAAAAUGGGCAAAAGAUAUCUUUAUUGAUGAAACAACAUAUAAUACAAGCAUUGCUCGACAUUCAUCAAAGUGAAAGCCAUGGCAACGUCGUUCCUUUGGAUGAAAUGACAGAUGAAGAACUGCAAGAAAUUCUUCUAACCGUUCCAGCAAACAUCACCUAUAACAACAAAAAUAUUGCAACUAACGUGAAAAAGAAAUUGGACACUGAGGCACUUUAA